UUUAUUUUCCAGUCGCUCGGACCCUAUUUCCUUCCCUCUGUCGACGCCCCGACGGCGAGACCCCAAUUCUCCCUUCCAGUCCCCUUCACACCCACGGUCAGUCCGGCGAUGUGAGAGACUCUUCCCAAGCCCCCCUCCUCCGCCGGAGGCCGAAUCGGUUCCCCAACCCUCCUACUUGCACUAUGGAAGCUGCACAGUCUACGCCUUGGUCAGAUCUUCAGCCGGAACUCCUAGGCCUUGUUCUUAGGCACCUCCCCUCCCUGGCUGAUCGUGUUCGUCUGAGAGCAGUCUGUCGCCCAUGGCGCUCUAAUAGCAUGUCGCAGCCUCUUCCUCUCCCAUUCCCAUGGCUCACCCUUCCCGAUGGUACCUUCCUCAGCAUUCCAGCAAAUGAAAUUCACCGCGUACCUAUACCAGAUGGUGCUUGUGUCCAGGGCUCCAUUGACAACUGGCUAUUCCUCAUGCACAAGAGCUCCAUGGACAAUCAUAAUGUGUGCUCAUUGAUGAAUCCUUUCUCCAAGGCCACGCUGGAGCUUCCUGAUCUAGUCGCUGUUUGGAAGCAUCAGACAAGUUACUACUCUCAUCGUAAACCAUUUUUUUAUAAGUUGGUGGUUCCCUCGCCCCUGGACUCAUCACCUGAUUCCCCUGUUGCUGCACUAAUCAUGGAUGAUGGAAAUUCACAUAUACUUUGUAUUAGCCAGCCACCAAUUGCCACUUCCUCGCUCAGAGCCAGAAGUAAUAAGGAUCCACGACUGUACCUCAGUGAUGUUGUAUUUUUCAACAGAAAAUUGUAUGGGUUGCAUGGGUCUGGCAAGCUUUACAUCAUUGAUCUGGACAAUGACCUUGGUAUAUCAUCCAUCGAGUGCAUAAUUGACGCUUUGGGCGAUAUAAGUGGAAUACCUCAACACUUGUCCGGAAUGGUGUAUAUGUCGAGAGAGUAUCUUGUUGAAUGUGGUGGUAAACUGUUGAUGGUGAUAAGAUGGUUUAACCUCAUGCCAAAACCAACAGAUGAUGAUGAUGUCUUUGAAAAUACACGCACUGUUGCACUUCAGGUCUUUGAGGCAGACUUGUGCAGCAGCCCUAAUCGAUGGAGAAGCGCUACUGAGUUGGGUGGCCAUGCACUCUUUGUUGGUCAACGUAGCUCGAAGUCCCUGCCUGCUAGAGAAUGCAGUGGGUAUCAUGAGGAUUGCAUCUACUUCAUGUUUGACUAUGACUGGCCGACCUCUUCUGCAAAUCCUCUUCGCGACUCUGGUGUGUACAACAUCAGGAAUGGCACAAUAGCGCCAUUGAUGUCAGGGACAUCAGCAGCAUCGCUGCAUCGUGUUGGGCAGUGGCGUCCGACAUGGUUCUUCCCUCCUGAAGCUGUUUGGUCAAUCCAGUCUGGGUUCUGCUCAUCUUUUAUUCUAGCGAUCUGUUACUGUAUUUCUUUAGUAGUAUGAUCCUUUACACCUCAAAGUGAUCUCAUGGAUGAUCUUAUGUGGGAUUUAUUUGAAUGCACAGUCUUUCAUGAUAGCAACUUGUGUGCCAUUUUCAUGUGCUUGAACAAACAUUAUAACAUGAAGCUGAAGGAACUUGGGAGUCUUA